UGUGAGCCACACCUCCAUAUGAUCGUGUCUAGAGGUCUAUCUGCUUCAUUAUUUCGUCACAGGUUACUAUUAAGCAAGAGAAACAUUGUCACUAGUGUGGGAGCAAUGGCAUCUACUGGAAAAAAUAAAACAGCAGAGAGAACAAAAGGCUUCGAAACUAACCUGUGGGUGGAAUAUGCUGCUUUAGCUAUAGAGAGUAAAGCGAUCAAUCUUGGGCAGGGGUUUCCUGAUUUUAGUCCUCCACAAUUUGUGAUUGAUGCUUUGGUUGAAAGUUCAAAGACAACAAUGCUACACCAAUACACUCGUGGACCUGGACAUCCCCGCCUAGUGAAGGCGCUAGCUGCAAUGUACUCUAAACUCUACGGAAGAGAAAUCAAUCCAAUGACAGAAGUAGUUACAGCUGUUGGCGCUUAUACUUCGCUGUAUCAAUCAAUUCAAGGACAUGUUAACGAAGGAGAUGAGGUCAUUCUGGUUGAGCCUUUCUUUGACUGCUACAAUCCCAUGGUUUGUAUGGCAGGUGGCAAGCCAGUUUUUGUGCCUCUAAGACCAUCUGCAAGUGCUGACAAAGGAGAAGGUCGAUAUCCACUCACUUCCAGUGGCUGGGCACUAGAUAUGGAUGAGCUGAAGAGUGCCUUUUCUCCAAAAACGAAAGCCAUUAUUAUCAAUAAUCCUAACAACCCAACAGGAAAAGUAUUCACAAGAUCAGAGCUAGGAGCAAUAGCUGAGCUGUGUAUCAGUAAUGAUGUGAUCUGUAUAAGUGAUGAAGUGUACGAGUGGCUGAUAUACCCUGGGAAAGAGCAUGUACGCAUUGCCACUUUACCAGGAAUGUGGGAGAGGACCAUUACUGUGGGCAGUGCAGGGAAGACAUUUAGUGCAACUGGAUGGAAGCUUGGUUGGAGUGUUGGGCCUGCCCCUUUAAUUAAGAAUAUGAUGACAAUUAAUAGUAAUACGGCAUACACUAAUCCCACUCCAAUUCAGGAAGCAGUAGCUAUUGGGAUAGAGACUGAGAUGGCGAGACUAGGAGAGGAAGGAAGCUACUUCAAAGAGCUGCCGUCUUUAUUGCUAAAGAAACGAGAUAGGAUGAUUCAAGUUUUGAAAGAAGUUGGUCUUACACCCAUUGUACCAGAAGGAGGAUACUUCCUUUUAGCAGAUACAGCAAAUCUUGGAAUAAAAUUUGAUGAAUCCACUGGCUCUGAACCAUACGACGUACAGUUUGCAAAGUGGAUGACAAAAGAAAAGCGUAUUGCAGCUAUACCACCAUCUUACUUCUUUUCACCGGAGCACAGAUACAUCAGUGAUGGGCUGAUCCGAUUCUGCUUUUGCAAAGAGGACUCAACUUUAGAAGCUGCUUACGACGCCUUCAGAAAGUGGGCUGCUGAAAGAAGAAAUUAAUAUUAAAGUGGGCAGCUGAAUGAAGAAAAUAGAAAUUAAUUAAUUAAUAUUAUUUAUUAUAAUUAUCUACUUAAUUUUUUUGAAGUAACCAACUUCUCUUUCAGUUUUUUGAUAUAGUUUUAGUAUUCUCUUCAUAAAUGCUGGUGCUGUAAUAAUGUAA